AUGAAGCGUAAAAUAAGUGCCACAGCCUUGAACGUGUUUGAGGAAGCACGUUUACAGGGCGAGCACACUGACCUGAUCAUCAGGGUUAAGGACACAGAGUUUAAAGUGCACAAAAUCAUCCUGUGUGGCUGCAGCCCUUAUUUUAGGGUGCUUUUCUCCACCAUUUGGAACAACUUAGCAGAACAUUCCUACAAUAUUUUAGGAAUAUCCCCAGACAUCAUGUCUCUUAUUCUUCAAUACAUGUACAAAAGAUCUGUCUGCAUUACUGAAGAUAACGUGACAGAGCUCUUGGUGGCAGCUGACCUGUUUUUAAUAUCGGGUCUAGUAGAUACCUGCUGUGAGUUCCUGGAGGCACAGUUAUGCCCUGAAAACUGCAUUGGUAUCUGCAUGUUUGCAGGGCAUUUCCACACAUGCUCAAAGUUCCAGUGUAAAGCAAAGCUCUACAUCCUACAACAUUUUGAGGAGGUAGUGCGUGUAUCUGAGGAGUUCCUGGAACUCUCACUGGAACAUCUUGAGGAGCUCAUUGGUCAGGAUGAGCUGAAUGUCAAACAGGAGGACAUGGUUUUUGAAGCCAUUCUCCACUGGAUUGAUCACUCACCUGAACAGAGGAAGAAACACUUUGCCAUGCUAUUGCCAAAGGUUCGAAUGGGGUUAAUGACAUCAGACUACUUCAUGAAUACUGUAAAAUGCAAUGCAUUGGUGUUGGAGAAUGAGGUGUGCACACCUGUGAUCAUCAGUGCAAUGAAGGCCAUGUUUGACCUCAACGUGGAGGAACCCUCUGACUCAGACCUCAGAAAUCCAUUGACACGUCCACGACUGCCCUGUGCCAUUCUAUUAGCUAUCGGAGGGUGGAGCGGUGGCAGUCCCACCAAUGGGAUUGAGGCCUAUGAUGUAAGGGCAGAGCGUUGGGUCAAUGUGACUCAAGAAGACGAGAGUCCAAGAGCCUAUCACGGUGCCGUGUUCCUGGAUGGGUUUAUCUACUGUAUCGGCGGUUUUGACAGUGUGGAGUAUUUCAACAGUGUGAGGAAAUUCAACCCCAUCACUCGAAUUUGGCAUGAGGUAGCCCCAAUGUACGAACGGCGAUGCUAUGUUAGUGUCGCUGUUCUGGGCGGCUAUAUUUAUGCCAUUGGUGGUUAUUCUGGACAUGAAAGGCUAAAAACAGUAGAGCGCUACGAUCUGAAGACCAACCAGUGGACACAGAUUGCGCCUAUGAAUGAAAGGAGGAGUGAUGCCAGUGCCACCUCACUGCAGGGCAAGGUGUACAUCUGUGGUGGUUUUACAGGGUUUGAGUGUCUCUUCUCAGCUGAGAGCUUUAACCCUGAGACAAACCAGUGGAGCCUAAUCGCGCCCAUGAGAAGCCGCCGCAGUGGUGUUGGUGUGAUUGCUUAUGGAGAUCUAGUUUAUGCUGUGGGUGGCUUUGAUGGUUCCAGUCGUUUGCGCAGUGCAGAGGCCUACAACCCUGUUACUGAUAUGUGGAAUGAUGUUGCAUCUAUGUUCAACCCUCGCAGCAACUUUGGCAUUGAGGUGGUGGAUGAUCAUUUAUUUGUUGCUGGAGGGUUUAAUGGUUUCACCACCAGCUGUGAUGUGGAGUGCUACGAUGAGAAAACAAAUGAAUGGAAUAAUGUACGUGACAUGGACAUUUACCGCAGUGCCCUGAGCUGUUGUGUACUAUCAGGAUUACCUAAUAUGAAACAAUAUGCUGCCCAACGAGACCCAGCUGUGACACUAGAAGACGAGUUCGACAGUGACUGGUCUACCUCAAGCAGUGCUCUGACAGUCUAA